AUGACGACUUUGAUUAUAAUUGGAGCCGGAGCUGCCGGUUUGGCGGCUGCAUCGCGACUGAUAGAAAAAGGGUUCGAUCCUGCUAAAAUCACGAUCCUAGAAGCUGAAAAUCGUAUCGGUGGUCGCAUUCACACUGUUCCGUUUGGAUCGAGUGUAAUGGAAAUGGGAGCGCAAUGGGUUCACGGGAAAGAAGGCAACGUCAUUUAUCCAUUAGCUGCCGCCGCAGGAGAGACAUGGAAUGAUUUAUUCACCCUCGAAUCGACUGGACAUGCAAAUGACGUGAAUAUGGCCUACACAGAUGGGCGCAAAAUAAGUCCGGUGCAAUUGAGAGAGUUCAAACAAAUCCUAGAAAGAAUUUACGAUGACUCAAAGAGAGAACUUCCCAUUUGGAAAAAAUCUUUGGGCGAAUACUAUGAAAACAAGUAUGGACAACUCUUGGAUCAAGGGGCCUUAACCACCAUGGAUCGGAGGACAGCACUGGAUCUACUGGAUUGGGCUCAGCUUGCGCAAAACAUUGAAGACGGUGCUGAUGACUGGAAGGAGACAUAUGGGGUGGAAUCUCUACACUACUUCCUUGAGGAAGAUUACACCACGGUGUGGAAACGUGGCUACUCUGUUCUAUUCGAUAUCUUGAUGAAAAAUGUUCCAAAGACGAGUAACGGAUUGAAGCUUUCCUUAUCGGAUCGAAUCCAAUUGAAUUCUCCAGUUAAUCUCAUUCGUUGGAAUUCCGCUCCAAGUAGUGGAGUGCAAGUGGUUUGCAGUGAUAGAACGUAUUAUGCUGAUAUGGUCCUCGUUACUUGUUCGUUGGGGGUUUUGAAAGAUAGGGCUGACAAAUUGUUUACCCCUUUAUUGCCUGAAAAGAAGAGGAGAGCCAUUGAAGCAUUAGGUUUUGGGACGGUAAAUAAAAUUUUCCUCGAAUUUCGCAAACCUUGGUGGACUUCGGAGUGGGGUGGAGUCAAUUUCAUCACCGACCCUUCAAAAGUGACUGGUGAAUGGGAAGACAGAGUUCUUGGAUUCUCCACAGUUCGUGGCCAGCCCAACUUACUAAUUGCUUGGGUAACAGGUUCUGCUGCUCGGCAAUUUGAAACUCGUUCAGAGGAUGAAGUACUAAUGAAAUGUUCCACAAUGCUGCGGACAGCUGUCGGUACAGAUUUCGCCUAUGAAGAGCCAACACGAGUUAUUCGCUCUCUAUGGCAAAGCAAUCCUCAUUUUUGUGGGUCUUACAGUUUUCGAUCCAAAAAAAGUGUAGAACUUGAUGUUUGUCCAUCGGAUCUGGCCGAACCGGUCAUCGAUUCAAACGGUUCUGUUCGAUUGUUCUUUGCCGGUGAGGCAACCCACGACCACCGUUACUCGACCGUACACGCAGCGGUUGAGACUGGUUGGCGUGAGGCUGACAGAAUCGUAGAACAUGUAAAGGAAACAAACUUUACCGCCAAACUGUAGUGGGUAUGGCAUUUUCGCAUGACUUCGUUGUUAGGUAAUGCGAAAUAAUGAGGUUUCAUGCCAGGUAUGACAAUGAACUUGUUUAAUUAACUUCAAUACUUAGUGUUGAGUUCCUUAAAUAAAUCAACCAUUCUAAAGGUCAAAA